GCUUCUCGAUCUGCAGUGGGAAAACUAGCUCGCGGGGAAAAAUUAAUGGGGGAGGAGUGCAAGGGCGGCUCGCCGGCGCCGCUGGUGGUGCGCGGAGAGGAUGACGGAGAGGUCGACGAGGCGGCGGCGGCGGAGAAGCUGUACGAGGACGUGCCGCCGAUGCCGCUCAUGGCGCUGAACCACAUCUCCAGGCUCUGCAAGUCCGUCGACGCCUCCGUCCGCUUCUACGUCAGGGCGCUCGGCUUCGUCCUCAUCCACCGCCCUCCCGCCCUCGACUUCUCCGGCGCAUGGCUUUUCAACUACGGGGUCGGGAUCCAUCUGGUCCAGCGAGACGACGCGCGGCGAGCCCCCGACGUCAGCCCCGCCGCCGGCGAGCUCGACCCCAUGGACAACCACAUCUCGUUCCAGUGUGAGGACAUGGGGGCAAUGGAGAGGAGGCUGAAGGAGAUGGGGAUCAAGCACAUGAAGCGGACCAUCAACGAGGAGGAAGGGUCGCCCAUCGACCAGCUCUUCUUCAAGGACCCCGACGGCUUCAUGAUCGAGAUCUGCAACUGCGAGAACCUCGAGCUCGUCCCCGCUGGCGCCCUCGGCCGCCUCCGGCUGCCCCGCGACCGCCACAACCCGCCGCUCCGCAUCCCCACGGACGCCGCCGCCGCCGACGACUAGCUCUGCAUGCGUAUGAACUACGAAGAAUAUAUUAGCACGGGCAUGUUAAUUAACUUUCUGCUUGAUGUCCUGCUUGUGUACGUGCUCCCGAAUGUACACAUGUUUCCACCGUUCGAUUGUUA